CUCGCGUCGGCCAAGCCUCCUCUCCCAGAGGUCUCCGUGUCGCUGUGUGCGGAGCGCGCAGUCGUCUCUCCCUUCGGCGAACGGAAACGCCCGGGGAGUAGUCUCUUCUUGGACACGGGAAUUUUUCUACACGGCGUGCCCCCAACAACAGCAGCCGUUGCCACCGAAGCGCGUUUUCCACACUGCUUUUGUGCGUGUGCGCCUUUAUGGUGAGCCGCCACUGCCUGUGAUCGAAAACAGUCGCCCCACUGGAUGCGAUCAUGAAGUGUGCUGCCCCAGUGCUCUUCGCUGCUCUUUGCGUCUUCGGAGUCACCGCCGCGCUCAAAGCCCCUCGGCUGGAGCACGUGAACGCGGACGUGGGCUACCAUGCCAUCGUCAAGGAGAACAGCCGGAAUGUCGAGAUCAUGCCCAGGAUCAGGGUACUUGACGCCAAGGUGUGCCGCUUCCUGGUGACCAACAAGCGUCACGGUGAGGCGCCCUUCGAGGUUCGCAUCACCGACGAGGCAACGGGCAAGGCCGAGCUGUUCGCCAAGAAGGAGCUCAACUGCGAGAAGCACCGAAACUACAAGUUCGACAUCGCCGCCGUCGGAUGCAACGGGCUCGUCUCCGAAAACGUGACUGUGCACCUGACAGUAGAUGACGUCAACGAGUUUGCGCCUCGAUGGGAGGAGGAGUCCUACCAGGGCAGCGUGGACGAGGGCCGGCCACCGCACGAGCGCGUGCUUCGUGUGCGCGCUCUCGACGCGGACUGCACGCCCAAGAACAGCGAGAUCUGCAAGUACGACAUCUUGGACUCGCACGUGCCCUUCUCCAUCGAUUCUGAAGGCAUCAUCUGGACCACGGAGCCCUUGGACUGGGAGGCAAGCAGCAACCACAUCUUCCAGGUGGUUGCCUUUGAUUGUAGCAUGAAGCAGAGCCACCCAGUCACUGUCACCAUCAAAGUCAACAGGGUGUGCAAGGUCGGAUGGAAAGGCAUGGAGGAACAUGUAGAGUACACUCCGGGAUCUGGUCGGAGGGCCCUGUUCCCUGAUGCGCAGCUGGAGCUGUGUGAAGGAGCCUGCGAACCUGAACAGCUGUCGGCUCGUCUGACCCUUGCUACACGUCACGUGGGCAAGGGGUGUGACCGGGACACCUACUCGGUCGACUCUCAGAGAAAACUUUGUGGUGCCAGCUCGGACAGUGUAGACCUGCUGCCAAGUCCCGGCGUUGGAGCGGAGUGGACGCAGGGGCUGCCAACAGACGAGGGUCGUGAGAGUGACCAGAUCUACGAGUUUGACGGCGCCACCAAUGCCGUCGUCAUCCCCGAGUCCACCGUGUCGCACAACCUGACCAACGUCUUCACGGUGGGCUUCUGGAUGCGCCACCGUGCGCCAACUUCCCACAAUGCCAGUCACCUCAAGGAGCAUGUGCUAUGCAACUCCGAUGACCACCGAAUGAGCCGGCACCACACAGCUCUGUUUCUGCGCAACUGCCGGCUGAUCCUGCUGCUGCGACGAGAGCCUACCCAGGAGCAGGCCAACAAGUUCACUCCAGCUGAGUGGCGGUGGAAGACGCCCGAAGUCUGCGACGACCGGUGGCACCACUACGCCGUCUCGGUCAACUUCCCCGAGGCAUCGCUUUACGUUGACGGGCGGCCCUUCAAAGUGACGGCCAACAACCCCGAGAUCGUGGAUGACUGGCCGCUGCACCAGACCAAGAACAUCAACACCACCUUUGUUGUGGGAGCCUGCUGGCAAGGCAAGGACAACAAAAUGGCGUUCCACUUCCGUGGCUACCUGACCGGCCUGUCAGUUCUGAGGGGACGCACAGAGUCCCCUGACGUGCUGUCUUGCCUGCACCGUUGCAAGGAGUGGCUCGACUAUCCUCCUGCGGACUCGCAGGCUGCAGGAACGGAGGUGACAUCCAACUCUGAGCGCAGCGAAGUGACAGUGACGGCCCGUGAUCAAGACACCCUUGAAGACCUGGUGUCUCGUGUGGCCUACGUCAACUCGCGCGACUUUCCAACACCAGGUCGUCGCACUGUUCAAGUGGCCACAACUGUCAUGUGCAGCAACGGUAAGGCACAGAAAGUUCCCCCAGUUGAGUCGUGGGUGACCAUUCUGGCAGCCGAACAGCCAAGCAUCACUAUCAAUGGCACACCCAACCUGGCACGCGAGUACGAGCCUUUCAAGCAGGGCAUCGAGCUUUUCGCCUCCGUCUUCAUCUCGGUGGGCCGCGAGCGUCCGACUACUACGCAGGCCAGCACGGCUUCCUCCUCUUCGCAGGAGGAUGAGGAUGAUGACGACGAAGAGGACAACCAGGUGUCGCCACCAGUGGCUUCCCAGCGGCCCGGACGGCUGGACUCCUGCAGUGUGCAGGUCUAUCCUCCACUGAACCCGGACCACGAGCACUUCCAGCUGCCGUCGUACAUGAUGGCCCACCUGGGUAUCCACCACCGAGAGAGCAAAGACGGAUUGGUCAUUUACGGAGCUGACAAGGUGCAGCACUAUGAAAACGUGUUGCGACAGAUUCUCUACUUCAACAAGAAACCUGCCUACUACCUGAAUCGUGCUUUCAAGUUGGUCUGCUCAGAGUUGAAUGGUCGCUUUGUCAGCAACGAAUACAUCCAGACACUGACAGUGAUCCACCCACGGCCAGAGUCACCCAGCCAGCACGAAACGGCAGCGCCUGCUACCGGAGCAAUGCGCACCACUCCAGCCUCGCCAUCCUCUUCACGGCCUGUGGCUCCAGCCGCACCUGCCAUGGCUGCUCACGCACAGGUGGCAUCGCACAGCGUAGAGGCCAAGCCGGCAAAGACACAUGCAGGAAAAUACGUGGAACUGCUCGACGGCGGUGCUUCCGAGGCACUGGCCAAGAGCUCUGCGAGUCACGCAGUGACCAUCAUCAUAGUGGUCUGUGUCGGCUUCCUGGUGUUCAUGAUUGUGCUCGGAGUGAUCCGCAUUCGCGCUGCGCACCAGCACCAGCAGCACCGGCAGGGCAGUUCACGCCUCCGCUCAGGGGACGAUCAGGACCAGGAAAUGGCCUGGGACGACUCCUCACUCACAAUCACUGUGAACCCCAUGGAUCAAAUAGCCGAAGAAAGGGAAAACCGUCGUGGCGUCGGCGCCAGCACCGGCAGCGGGCCAAGCAACGGUCGCCGAGCCGCGGCCGAGGAUGACGACUCGGACAGUUCGGACGACGGCAGCAGCUACCACGAGGAGAGCGAGGAGGAAGAGGGGGCUCCUCCUGAGAAGGCUAAGGCCAAGGGGGACCUCGAGUGGGAUGACUCGACCCUUACCUUUUAGGGAGAGAACUGAUGGGCGUGCCACCUAGGCAGCAAAAGUCUCGCAUGCCCACCGCAGUGGUGAAGGAGGCAACAGUUCCUUCUCCUUUAUUUGUUUCUUCUUGUCGUUGGCCUCCCUCAAGGCCACAGGUGAUCCGUAACGCCUUUGUGAUUGCAAAGGCCGAGCAGUGCUUCAAACAAGGACACUUUCAAUUACAAGGAAGAGUAAGUGUUUGCAGGCCUUCCUCCCUUCUUUUCUCCUUUGUGCGUCAUCCUGCUUGCAGCACUGUUUGGCUCCGCAUCGCAUCCAAACUAGCCCGGGCGGCUGGACGCCCACGUUUCAUUUCACCGUCACGCUGCGACCGCAGCACAACCACAAAGAAUGCAGAAACGAAGCGUGGUUCCUCUUUUAAUUCGCACCGCUGUCGCUGCGCAAUUUAAUAUCGAAGGCGUUGCGGAUCACGAGCUGACCCCUACAGCUGCAAUCGUUACAGCGAUCCAGAAUGCCACCUAGUGUGCUGACCGGGAGGGGCUUGCACGUCAGUGUCUUUGUCUUCUUCAGCCG